UGUGUCCUUGGGCAAGCUACUUCACCCUAUUUGCCUCUCUCCAACCAGCAGUAUAUGGGUAGUGGAUUAGCAUCCAGUAUAAAAUUAAUGUUCUUGGUCGUAUAUAUCAACAUUGGUGGCGCCCUUGCCGAAGCACGUUAUGAAAUUGGUGUUUUGCGUCACAUGAUCGGUGUGAUAAGCUGGGAUGCAAUAACGAAAACACAACAUUUGUUUCAGCUGUUUGAAAUUUUGAAGGAAAACUUAAAGUCAGAUUGACUCAAAUGACUUUGCGUCAAUCUGUCGUAAGAUAAACAAGACUAGAACAUACAUAACCCGUGAGAUGAACACAAUUAUUGAUUUAGACCAAAGAAAAUGUUUCAACUACUAAUGCAAGAAAUGACUAACAAAAUAAACACGUCACUAGAGCAAAGUCCGUGUUAAAGUUUAUAAUGUCAAAGAGCAUACGGAAGUCUAAGUUUAGCCGUUCAAAGAUAACCAGUGAAUGCAUGAGUCGAAAUAAUUGUGAAUUGGUCCGGGAUCCGGGUAAAAAAAAGGAACACGCACACAUACGAAUUGGUUCGGAAAAGUGCCGGUCGUCCAAUCUUUUUCUGAACUGGUUAUACACGUAGACUUACAAAAUGGCGCCCAUGCUUGGAAUUUGGUUCGCGGCAGUAGUUGGUUUGUGUGGGAUGAUGGUCGAGGUUCAUUCUCAGGGAGCCGAAUUUUGGAACGAUCAAGCCCAGAACAAACUGAAGGAGGCCAUCAGGUCGGCUGAGAAUCUGAACCGAAAGGUGGCCAAGAAUGUCGUGAUGUUCGUGGGUGACGGGAUGGGGCCUUCCACCGUAACGGCGGCACGGAUCCUCAAGGGGCAACUGGCAGGUUUGAACGGGGAGGAGGCCGUCCUCGCUUGGGAGGAUUUCCCCAGCUUCGGACUCUCGAAGACUUACACUACCGACCGUCAAACGCCCGACUCGGCCGGCACAGCCACGGCGUACUUCUGCGGCGUGAAGGCCAAAUCCGGCGUGAUAGGCGUAGACGACUCGAUGGAAUACGGAGUAUGCUCGGCCAACAUCGACACGGCGUCCGUGGACUCCGUCAUGACCCACGCCGCCAGAGCAGGUAAGGCGACUGGCUUCGUGACGACAGCACGUGUCACGCACGCUACACCGUCGGCACUGUACGCCCAUGUCCCCAGGCGUAGCUGGGAGGCCGACAUGCUCAUACCGGCCGAUCAGGCGGGCAAAGGCUGCAUCGACAUCGCUCUACAACUCAUCACGCGUGCCAACGAUACCAAUGUAAUAUUAGCAGGAGGGAGAGUGUACUUAAUGCCGGAGACGGAUUCUGACCCCGAGUAUCCCGACAAAAAAGGCCUACGCAAAGAUGGACGAAACCUUAUUGAGGAAUGGAUUUCUGGUAAGGACCCAGACACAAGCAAGUAUGUCUGGAAGUUGGAUGACUUCAACAAAGUCGACACGGAGCAGACAGAUUAUCUUUUAGGUUUGUUCGAGCGGAGCCACAUGAAGUACGAGUUCGAGAGAGCCGACGACACGGCAGGCGAGCCGUCCAUUUCGGAGAUGACAGAGAAGGCCAUCAAGAUCCUGCAGAAGGACGAAAAAGGCUUCUUCCUCAUGGUCGAGGGUGCUCGCAUCGAUCAUGGACAUCACGACGGCAAGCCAUAUAAGGCCCUCUACGAAACUGUUGCCAUGGAUAAAGCAGUUGCCAAGGCGAUGGAAAUGACCAAUGAGGAGGACACGUUGGUGAUCGUCACAGCCGAUCACAGUCACGUGUUCACCAUGGGCGGUAACCCAAGCCGGGGCAAUCCCAUUUUAGGGCUGGAUGACAGCGGGUAUGCUGUAGAUGGACUGCCGUACCCAACUCUUCAAUACGGUAACGGCCCCGGCGCAAAACAAGACCAGAAUAGCUACGGGGCUAACGGAAUGCGGAGGAACCUGACGGAUGCCGACGUCCAGCAGCCCGAGUUUGAAGCACCUUGCAUCUUCUACACUGAUUCCGAGACCCACGGUGGGGAGGACUUGGCCAUCUACGCCAACGGACCCAUGUCCCACCUCUUCCACGGAGUCCACGAGCAGAACUACAUCGCGCACGUGGUGCGCUACGCCGCCUGCCUGGACUACAAGGAGCACUGCGACACGGAGAGGGUCGUACCGCCGAUAUCCCACUAUGACCCGGACGACCAGGGAUGCCCAGGAUCAGGAGGGAGCUCAGCCGUUCAUCUGCACGAAGUCUUACUGAUCUUCACAGCUCUGUUUCUGCCGUUGUGGCAAAUCUAGGCAGCUCUAAUUCCUCUGUCAUAUGCAGAUCUAAAGGACAUUGACUAGAGGUGGGAGUAGGGCACAUGGGGUACACAUUUUUUUGGGAGGCGCUUAUGGUUUGUCAUAUAGUUUCUUACAAUAGAGAGGUCUUUUUGUUUCAUAAACUUGGUGGCGGGAGCACUCUGGCAAUAUAUACCUUGAGAGAUGCCCCCGUUCCCCUCUUGAGUUAUGAGUUUGUCUAAGGAAGCCUAUUGAAACUUCAUUUUAAUCAGAAUGUUUCAAAUAAUUUUUUUCGCUGAAAGAAUUUUAGAAUGGCGUCUUAGCUUCACACUGAACGUUAGCAUGAGCACCGACAAAUUAUGCCAAAGGUUAUUACCUAGGACAGCUAAUUUGUUUCUAUCAAAAACACUUGAAUGAUUCUGGAUCUUUUAAAAUGAAUACAUGUAUUAAAGUCUUAACAUCUUCCCUUGCAGUUACCAGUUGUUUAAAUUGUAGUUUGAGAUUAAGAUUUAUAUCUUGUUAUUGUUAUUUAUGUACAAAAGUAUAUAAUAGAAAUUGCUGUGGUUCUCGUGCUUAUAAAACAUUCAAAUGAAUUAAUAAACAUUAGCGUUGAAGGAAUACAGUGUAGGAUUUGUAUUUGAAACAUAAGAUUGUCACUAUAGUUUAUUUUAAAAUGGCUCUCAGAAUGA